CUGUCAAGUGACGUCACUCCUUUUCUGGUGAAGUGACACGCAUCUGUGCUGUAGUUUUUUUCUGGAGGAUUUUUGGACGCCCAAAGUGUGUAAAAAUAAGCUAAAAAGACUCAUUGAGCUUUGCUAAACGGUGAGAGUUUUGGUUGGUAAAAUGAAAUAUCUGUUGAGUGAAAGUUAAACGGGUGAAAAAGUGCAAUUUUCCUUCAAUGAUUCUCGUGUGGGGGAAUCCAUCUUGUUUCUUUUGUGCUUCAAGCGUCCUUUUCCCAAUCAAAGAGAGAAUAAAAACACGCCCCAUAAUGCCAAGGGUUGUCUUCCGGGAACAAAAGAUGGGGGCACAUCACAAUGGGAAUGUCUUCCUAUGCAAAAAGUGGCUGUGGGAGUGGUUUUUUGGGGAAUUUUCUAUCCCUGUUAAAAAGAAAAAAUUCCGGGUGUGAUUAUCUUUAUGCCGGUGAUUUCACAAUGGCGGCUGUUUCGAAGCGCCCCCAUUACAAAGAAAAAUGUGCUCAAAGUUCUCUUCUGGGUGCAAGUUUAUCCAUGAUUUUUCCAGGGAAAUGUGUUUUGUUUAUAGUUUUCUGUGCCUUCUACAAUUUACCAAAAAAAAAAGAAAGGAAAAAGAAGAGAAGAAAAUCCUCCGGAAAAGUUCAAGUGUGUGUUUGUGGGUGAUGAAUGUUUGGUGCUUUUAUUCUAUUUCUUGCCAUAAAUAUUUAUGUUUUGCGUCUUUUUGGGCAGAAAUAUCACGCAAAGUGGUGGGAAGAUCAAUUUGUUCAGGAAAACAAUAAUUCCAAAGAAAAAAAUGUGAUAGUAAAUAUGUUUUAAGUUGUUUUUUUUUAUUUAAUUUUUCGAGAAGAAUUUUCUCAGUAUUUUUAAUUGAUAAGAGUUCAAAAGAAGCAUAAAAAUGGUGCAUGAUAAUAGUGUGGGUUAAGUAUUGUUUUAAGUUUUAGUUUUAUGUGGCUACGAACUGGAUUUUGGAGCUGCUCUCAUGCGUAUAAAUUUGAAGGUAUUUUAUUGCACGUUUCAGUAUUCAUCAACAAGUAGAGAGUGAACUUAACAAAGUUGAUUAGUAGGCAAGUAACUGGCCUUACACACACUUUCCGUUUGUCCUUUGUGGAAUUUUAUCGGAAAACCCAGAGAAGGAAAAAAGAAAUACUGGAAUUUGAACUGGAAAAGCGAAAAAGCAAAGAGAGAGACUAAUUGGGCAAAAGGCUUACUCUCAUGAGUGGCGUAAGACCCAACGAUCGAAUUACUGUAAAGAUUCAUAAUAUGAAACGUAGUGCAUCUCGUGAUUCGCCACCACGAUCAAAGAGACGCACCAGCAUGGGACGCUACGAUGAUAGUUCAGAUGAGAGAAUGACGCCUGAGCGCGUGAGACGUCGUAUGGCACGUUCUCCGAGCCCCAGGCCUCGCUAUAUCUCUCCGCAUCGGGAUGAGUACAUCAGGACCAGGGAGAUACCGCCCGAGAGGUAUUCCUACAAGGUGCUCUGCGUGAGUGCCCUGCAUCCCAAGGCAUCGGAUGAAUUCAUCAAGGAAACCUUGUACAGGGAGUACAAGAAAUUUGGGGAUUUUUCCAUCAGGAUUUCGCAUGAUCUGGAGGAGAGAGUGGCCUACGUCUGUUUCAGGACUUCUGAGGAUGCCCGAGAGGCAAAGCACGCCAAGCCUCGAAUCAUUCUCUAUGACAAAGUGGCCAUCGUUGAGCCAGUUUACGAAUCGACUCGUCAUGAGUAUCGUGUCAGACCGCGCAGUAUCACUCCCGAAUACGAUAGACACUACUAUUCGCGUUCUCCGGGACCUGAAAGGCGUCGCCCAAUUGAUCCUUAUGAACGCUAUGGACCUCCGCCGGUGGUCAUGCAUCAUCCCAGGGAAUUUGCUCCCAUGGGACAUCAUGAGUACAUGCCCAGAGGGCCCCCAAUGCACCAUGUACCCAUUCAUCCGGGACCACCACAUCAUCCAAGACACUAUGUCCCGAGACACAUGGUGCCCCGUCCCCAUGUUCCCUUUGAGAAGCCGGAAAACAAAAAGGACAAAUUCCCGAAUUACUUGCAUCACAUCCAACCGGAAGAUGAUCCAUUGAGUACGAGAACACUAUUUGCGGGAAAUCUGGAGAUUAAUAUCAGUGAUGAGGAAUUGAGGAGGAUUUUCGGGAAGUAUGGGAUUGUUGAGGAUAUUGAUAUCAAGAGACCUCCUCCGGGUACUGGAAAUGCUUUUGCCUUUGUACGAUAUCAGAAUCUCGAUAUGGCACAUUUGGCAAAAGUUGAGCUGUCUGGGCAGUACAUUGGGAAGUUCCAGUGCAAAAUUGGGUAUGGAAAGGCUACACCGACAACGAGGAUUUGGGUAGGUGGAUUGGGUACGUGGACAUCAGUGACGCAACUUGAGAGGGAAUUUGAUCGAUUUGGAGCUAUAAAGAAGAUUGAGUAUCAAAAGGGUGAUACAUCCGCUUACAUUCUGUAUGAGUCCAUUGAAGCUGCCCAGGCAGCAGUGAAGGAAAUGAGGGGUUUCCCAUUGGGUGGUCCAGAGAGACGUUUGAGAUUGGACUUUGCAGAUGUUGCUGGAUCAGUUCCGUUCAGGCCAAAACCACCGGGUCCGGGAUAUGAAGGGGCCGAAGGGACGGAUUUCAGGCGUGUACCAACGGAGUAUCCGGACAUGGGAUAUGAAGAUGGGGCUUCCGGAGGGUAUCCGUACAGUGGCAGAGGUGGAUAUAGGGGUAGAGGGGGGAGUAUGUACAGAGGCAGGGGAGGAUAUCGAGGUGGGUAUCACAAUGAUGGUCACAGAAGUGGCGGAGCUGAUGGGGAGGAAUGGCGAAGGGCACCAGCUGAUCUCGAAUAUGAUUCCCAUCGGGCAAGACGUUCAAUCUCCCGUGAACCUGGAGUUGAUCGGUCAAGAUCACGUUCACCACGACGACGGAGUCCAGAUUCCGAUUCGGAUUCAUCUUCCCGCAGAGCUGGAAUGCUCUGUUCAGCCAGAACACUACCCGAAGUGGCCAGAAAGUGCACGACACUGUGGCAGGGAGCUCUGAUUCUCAAAUCUUCCCUCUUCCCGGCUAAAUUUCACCUGACCGAUGGGGAUACGGAUAUUGUGGAGGGUCUGAUGAAGGAUGAAGAUGGAAAGCAUCAUUUGCGCAUAACACAGCGCCUGAGAUUGGAUCAGCCGAAAUUGGAGGAUGUUCAGAAGAGAAUUUCAACCUCGUCAUCUCAUGCCAUCUUCCUGGGUAUGCCGGGAUCGACGUCUUCGGUGACAAAUGACGAUGCUGGAGUUCAGACGAGACCACUGAGGAAUCUCGUGUCGUAUUUGAAGCAGAAGGAAGCAGCGGGAGUGAUUUCGUUGUUGAAUAAAGAGACAGAGGCCACAGGGGUUCUCUAUGCUUUCCCGCCGUGUGACUUCUCGUCCGAACUCAUCAAGCGCACAUGCCACAAUGUCACGGAGGAGGGACUGAAGGAGGAUCAUCUGGUUAUUGUGGUGGUUCGUGGAGGAACUGCAUAAGCACAACAGGCUUCAUUGUUUUUUUUUUACUAAUCAAGAUUCCUUUUCAGCACGUGUAGUGGGUGUUUGCAGAGAUUUUGCAGUGAAGUGGCGAUAAAAUUGUUCGCGAAUUCCUCAAUAUUAUGAUGAAUUAAGUUUUGUUCUUAUCAAUGAUAAAGUGUCGCCAAUAACAUUCGCGUGUAUAAGUUUCUAUUUUAAUCACAAAAUAUUAUUAAUCCUGCAAGUAAUUUGAAAAUUGUAAUUUCAAGUUUGAGACGAGAAAAAAGCAAACAAAAAUUAUGCAAUUGUGAAUAAUUUGAGAAAAAAAAGAAGACAGAAAAAAUAUCAAAAUGAAUGGAAAACAGUUUAAGUUCAAAUGAGUUUUUAGUUUUAAAUUCUGAAAUUGUUUAAUUUCUACUUUUUUUUUAGUUUUUUUUUUGAAAGAAGUUUCUGACAAAGCAAGUGUCCUAAAGUGGCGUUUUCGAGAGAGGGAAAAAAGAAAUAAUUGGUGAAUUGAGAGUUGAAGUUUAUCUUUUUUUUUUUUAGUUUUGUGAUGACAAAAUUUUUUGAAGUUUAGUUUUCUUUGGGUGCAAAAAUAGUUUUUGAACGAGAGAUAAACAGUUUCAAUGGCAGGAGAAAAGGUUAGAUGAAUAGAGGGUUUGAUAAAAAAAAACAUUAUCUUGUGCUAUUGGUGUGUUUUAGUUUAAGAAAAGUUCUUGAAAAAUUAAACACAAUUAUUGAUAAUGGCAACACUGAAGUUUAUAGUUUAUAGUGGAUUUAAUUGAGUAAAAGUAAUAUUAGAUGUCUUGCUAGAUUUUCAAAUGAUUAAAAAAAGAAAAAAAGUGGAAGGAAAAUUUAUUUUUUUAAUAAUUUUCCUUCCAAAAUAAUUAAACAUUUAAAUAAAAAAAAAUAUCCAUAUACGCAUUAUGAAAAAGUUCUAGAAGUUUAAAAAAAAUCAUAUAAUAUCAUUCUAUGUGGCUAUAAAAAAAAGUAAGUUUGUAUCCGGGGGACUUGGAAGUUUUUCACUCCAAAAGAGAAGCAUUGAAGUUUACACUGAAAAAAAUGUGUUGAGAAAAAGCGCAGACAAAGUAAAUGAUGAAAAUGAAGAGUGGCAGGUGAUUUGUGUCUUGAGGAAAGUUUUAAUUAGCACCUUUUGAAGUUUUUUUUAGUUGGUGUGUGUUCGUAAAUUACAAGUUUUUACUGUGCAGCAACAAAAGAACAAAAGUUAUUUUUGCAGAGUUUUUAAAAAAAUUGAGAAAGUUCUUUUCAAAUCUGUGACCGUUUUUGAAGUUUCUGCUUAAACGAAAAAGAAAAAUAGAAAAAAAUCCUGAACGAUAUAGAAAUAUAAUGUAGAUUUUGCUGAAAAUGUCUCACAAUGUGGAAAAUGUUUUGCAAAAUGCUACAGAAUAUUGAAAUAUCGUUGUCUAAACACAAAUUUACGAACACUCCAAAAAUGAAAAAGUUGGUGAAUGACUAAGAAAAAAUGCAAAUUAAAAGUAGAUAUUGCAAAUGUUACUCUAAGUUUGUGUUUAAUCUUUCUUUUUUUUUCAAACAAAAAUAGUGUAAAUUGAAUUGUUCAAUUGUGCUUUGAGUGAUCAAUUAAAAGGUUUUUCCUGGACCAAGGAUACAAAAAUAA